AAGUUCCUAUUCGUUACAAACGAAUAAAGAUAAUAAUUAUUUGAGAAAAGAAAAGUUAUACAUCUUGGCACUGAAAUGUGAUCACCUUGAUAUUGAAAUAUUAUAAUGGCGUAUGUUUGAUUCACGUAUGUAUGAUAGAGCUAUAAUCGUUUUCCUGGCACAUUUUGUGAUACAAUUUCUAUUUGCUUGUUAUUAUCUACUUAUCAACUAUGCUGUAUAAUCACAUUAAUAUAACUUACUCUGAACACAGCUAUAGCAUACUAACAUAAUGUUGACAGAAUGGAAAUAGAACAUGGUAACAAUGUACUUCAGCUUGGACCACACCCAAUUAUCUUAAGGAUAGUGUUUUCACCGCAACAAUCAAUUGAUUGGAAAAUUAAUGGGAAUGUUACCUUUCAUGAACUGUUAGACGUGAUAGAUGGUUACAUGCAAGCAAAUGGCGAGCGAAAACCAACUGCUUUUGAGUAUGAAGAUGAAGAAGGAGACAGAAUUACUGUUAGGACAGACGAGGAACUAAAAGCAAUGAUUGAUUGGCAUCAAUGGAAUUGUGAAAAGUUAUCAAAUGGUAUUGGAGUGUAUCCCCUGGUAGUGUACCCUAGAGUCGGAAGAUCGCCAUCUCGUAGAAAUACAUUGGGCUUGACAGUGGAUGUAACAGCAUCGUCAGCUCAACAAGCAACUCGCCAAAGUAGUGGGGGAGGAUCAAGUGGGAGAAAACGACAUGAAAAUAUCCAAACUAUCUUAAGUAGUGGCCAGAUAUUUCAGCAUGACUUACAAUACCUAAACGUAGUUGGACAUGGUAAUGGCGGAACAGUGCAUCGAGCGUUUCACGUGCCCACACAGCAACAAGUUGCUAUAAAGAUUAUCCCGCUGGACAUAACUGAAGAAGUUCAACGUCAGAUACUAUCUGAAUUAGACAUUCUUUUUAAAUGCAAUUCUCAAUUCGUAAUUGGCUUCUAUGGAGCGUUUUUUAUUGAAAACAAAAUCUCAAUAUGUACUGAAUAUAUGGAUGGUGGUUCGUUAGAUAAUUAUGGGAAGAUUGAGCAGAAUGUGUUGGGCCGUAUUGCUGUUGCUGUAGUUAAAGGUUUGCAAUAUUUGUGGCAUCUCAAGGUGAUACACAGAGAUGUGAAACCGAACAAUAUGUUAGUGAAUACGCAAGGACAUAUCAAACUUUGUGAUUUUGGUGUUAGUAUACAGUUGGUAAAUUCAAUCGCAAAGACCUAUGUGGGUACGAAUGCUUACAUGGCACCUGAAAGAAUACUCGGCGAUGAGUACGGAAUUCAUUCGGACGUUUGGAGUUUGGGUUUAUCACUUGUGGAGAUGUCCACUGGUUCAUUUCCUUAUCCCUCGAUCAACACAAUAAAUAAUAAUAAUAUAGAUAAAGAUAUUAUUGCUCCAAUAGAGUUAUUGCAGUGUAUAGUAAACGAGAAUCCACCGAGACUGUCUAUGGAUUUGUUUGGAGACGCUCUUCGAGAUUUUGUCGAAAUAUGCUUACAAAAGAAUCAAAAGUCUCGUCCAACGCCUGAACAGUUAUCGCGACAUCCUUUUAUUCUUCAAAAUGACACUGAAAAUCAAAACGCAAUCAUAUCGGAGUUUGUUUGCAGUUACCGACGUCUGCAUUCAAUGGACGGUUAAAAAGAAAUCCGAGGUUUUUCAAACCGUUACAGCAUGCCGUCAAAUCACAAGGUGCUACCUUGCAGUAUAAUAUGAAAUGGAGUUUAAAGCUUUUAUUUUGCUAGCAAGGUAAAAACAGGUAUUCCAAAAAACACGGCGUCAAAACUCACGUCGAAUUCAUUGAUAUUAAUUUUAAUGUCGACUCAUAACUGCGAUGACGUUUUAUUUUUGAUGUUUAGGAGGAUGACAACUAUUUACCAUUUUUUACUACACUUAUUUUGAAUUUUAACAUAUACUCUGUUUUUAGCCUUUGAUUGGUUUUGUUAAUUUUAAGCUUCAGUGCAAUGCUUAAAACUAACUUGUAUUAUUUAUAAAAAUUAUAUUAUUAUAUAUUUCUAUUGUUUUGA